CGACAUCUCCAUGAUCAAGCUGUCUUCCCCCAGUCAUCUUCUCUGACACAAUCAUGCCCGCCUGCCUGCCAGACCAGAGCGUCGUCCUGCCCGACGGUGCUAUGUCACCGGCUGGGGUCGACUCUCCACCAGCGGACCUCUGCCUGACAUCCUGCGGCUGGCUGCCAGUGGUUGGCCAUGAUACCUGCUCACAGCCAGACUGGUGGAGCAUCCUGGCAACAGACAAGAUGGUCUGUGCCGGAGGUGAUGGCAUCACUGCUGGAUAUAAUGGAGACUGGUGGCCCUCUGAGUUGCCAGAACCCUGAUGGCUCCUGGGAUGUCCAUGGUAUGGUGAGUUUCGGAUCUGGUCAGGGCUGCAACGUCUUCCAGAAGCCCACUGUCUUUACACAAGUCAACUCCUAC